AUGACUGUGAGAUCAGUAUUAAAUAAUUUCAACAGGUGUUUUUUAUUUUGUGGUAUUGGUAGUAUAAACUACAACCAGGGAAGUCUUAAGACGACGGUGAUGUUUAAUGUCUUGCGAUAUUUCAUAAUUUGUGUUAGCGUGGUAGGAAUAUACGACGCCAACAUAUGGGUAACUAAGGAGGAUUCGGAUAUGACGGAAAUAACGUCAAUUAUAGCGAUCACUUGUUUCGAGUUAAUGUUGAUUGGAAAAUUUGCAUCUAAUAUGUGUCGAAUAUUUUUUGAUGAGCAACUAUUUUUAACAUUAACUAAACUUGAAAAAAUUCACGAAAAGUUGAUACAAAUGAAUGUGGUUGAAUGGUUUUUCUCAAAUGUAUGUCACUGCGUUGCAUUUUGUGAAUACAUAUUACUAAUAUUGUACAUUAAGUGGUUAGUGAACAAAAUAAAUGAUCAAAUUUUGGAAAGAUAUGCAACAAUAAGCACACUCAGAGAUUUGUAUUUGGAAGUUAUAGAAUGCUUAGACGAUAUCAAUAGAUCAAUAAAUGGUUUGUCGGUCAUAUUUGGUCUUAUCGGGGCAAAUGUUGUUCAAAUUAUUACCGUAUUGUACCGUUAUAUAAUUUUCCCUGGAAAUUAUAUUAAUGAUGAUUAUACUGUGUAUGCUUUUAUAAUAUUAUCAACAAAAAUAUUCAAUAUUAUACUUUUCUACAAGAUUGGAGAUAUCACGGAAAAAGAGAUUAAUCGGAUGAGUCAUGUAUUACAUCAACGGUUCACGAUAGAAAGAAAUCCUAGAAUAAAACGCCAGAUCAAGUUUUUUAUACUUCGAAGAUUGCAUGAACACUAUCAUUUUAAGUUGUAUGGAAUAUAUCAGAUUAAUUUAAGACAACUACUGAUCUUAUCAAACAAAGUAUGUGCUUACUUAUUUAUUCAAAUUUUGUUCAAAUUGAAUAAAUAA